UCAAAUUCUUUCCAGCUUUUGAACUGCCUGCUUUGAACUACGCAACUGUGAAUUAUACCAUGGAGCUACCCUCCUCCGAUUUACCACCUUCUUUUUCAGAGGAACAACUAAAUAUAAGGUUGUACUUAGGGAUAGUGUAGUGCUAUCAACACAAUAAUCUAUUUGUGUAGGAGUUCAAUUGUGGUUGUUGUCAUCCACAUCAGCUUCAGGGAGGGGGGGACAGCUAGCAGGAGCUACGCUAACAGGAGCUGCACUUGGUCGGUCCGCACCAGCUACAGGGUGUUGUCUAGCUACCGUUUUUUUCAUGGUGCAGAGUUGUGCUUCCAAUUCAGAAAGCCUCGCCUUCAAAACUACAAAUAAACUACAUUUAUUACAAGUACCACUACCACUAAAGGAGGCAGAGGAGUGACAAGGUGAGCAGGCUAAAUUCUUUCACUUAACUUUUCAUUUUCAGUUAUUGAUUUGGCUGCUAACCUAAAUUUUGAAUUGAAGAAGAAUCUGAUUCUAAACUUUUCCAUAUUUUUUUUUUCUGAAAUCAUGUUUGCAUUUUCCCAUCCCCAUUCUGACAACUGAUUGUUCUUCUUGUUGUGCAGGAAAAUGGCACAUUUAAGUGAACACUUUUGCAUGCACAAAACAGCUUCAACAACAGGUUAUUGUUAUUAAGUAUGUUUGAGCCUUGCCACCCUACUCUACAACUUGGACUGGUGAAGAAUAAGAAGAUUGUUGCCAUGUGUAGGGAGCGAUCAAUACCUCCAAGAGAAACAGUAGAAACAUUAGAACAAAACCAGCGAAGAGGAAGGAGGUAAUACAAAAUAAAGGAAUUGGACUAAAACACAUAAAAAGUCACAAUCAAAAGAGUAGUUCCCAAACUCAAUCAAAUGCCAAAGAAUAAAAAUGAGUUUUAAGAAGGGAUCUGAAAACAGCCAAUGUCUCAACAUGCCUAAUGUGUAGAGGCAUGCUGUUCUAGAGUCUGAGGUUUGCAGUGGAGAAAGAAUGAGCUCCCCUGUGCCUUGUUCUUGGGGCAACCAAAAGUCUGAGUGACCUUAACAGGACAUAUAGGAGAUGCCAGAGCUAUACAUAUGAGCCAGACCUUUUAGUGAUUUAUAAGAAAAAAAAUCAAAAUUUGUGAACUCAUAAAACUAAUAAAAGAGCAUUAAAUUUUUUUUUUUAUAGCAGUUUAAGAGCAGUUUCAGUGCCACGAAGAGACUUACAAUCAGACUGGAACACCUAGAUACAUCUACUGCUCAUAAUAGCUUGAAUGUGGGGUCCAAUGGUUUCUAAACUCCCCUUUGAAAGAGCAUUUUCAUAGGUAUUAUCAUAGAUAUUGUGCAUUGACUGUCUGAAGGGCUUUCUUUAUGUAAUAUGUCCAAACCCAGGCUGUCUCUGGACCACCAGGUCUGAAAGCGCAGGACCAUCAUGGACUGACCAUUAUUUGUCAGUCCAAGACAAAGUAAAGCUGUUGGAGAAGAACAGAGAGAAGCACUCAAAAGGUGCAAGGGGUAUUGUAUCAUGCUUGUUGCUAUAGAACGACCCAAUAGCUUAGUUGGCUGGAUCACAAAGUAAAGUAAUUGCGGAGCCAGGCCUGGAACAUAGCACAAUGAGUGCAGGUUAAAGGCUGGGCUUCACAAAAAAAAUUAUCUCUAGUUGAAAAGCAUUGUUUAUUUUUUACUUUAAAAGUCAUGUCCCCAUAUAAAGUGCCCAUGCCGUAUCUGACAAUUAACAAAAUCUUGUUUUGUUGAUUUUGAGAGAUCAAACAAUAUUAUUAUGUUAGGUCCACAUAUAUUUGGAAACUGACACAAGUUCUGUUAUAUUAGCUGUAUACCAAAACAUUUUAUUCAUGAUAAUGUUAAUUUGUCCACUUGCUUUUGAGUCCCUGAAAUGAGAUUUUGUUUAAAAAUGGAUGCUAUUCCUUAACAUUUCAAACAGCCCUCUACAACAUAGGACUGCCCGAGCAACUCCUUCAACUCUUCCCCGCUGGUGUUGCACAAAACCUGCAUUAGGUGCAGCUCUCUGCUCUCUACCUGAGGUCGGUAUCACGAAGCGAGCUCAAUUUACCCGGGGUUACUCCCAACCUAUCCAGCUGAACCUAUCCACAACAAUGACAAUCUGGAUAAGCGGUAUCACGACACUAGUUAUCAACUCGCCAGGGUUGUCUUGUUGUGAAUUGGAUCCAAUCACAAAUAUACUCUUCUUUGUGUGGUUAUCUCCAGGAAGAUGCGUUCACGCCACAACGCUCUUCUUGCAAUUUGGGCUCCAAUCUCAAUUGGGUCUUCAGUGAAAAGGCAUGCCAUUCUUUCCCAGCUGAUUGGCCAGUGGGUGGAGCCUUUUAUCGAUUCAGAUAAAUCCUGAAAGCUACUCUGACCAGAAUCAGGUUAGCCAUUCAGAGUAAGAUACCAUGGUAACUUACCUCCAUAAGAAUGAAUCCAGCUUCAUGAUACGUCCGUAAUCCUGCUUUGUUUUUACAGGCCACUGCUGGGACUUGUUUUGUUAGCUUGAAUGCGCCGUGUUGCGACUCCAAAUGUUUCUCUAAAUUCGAUGUUGUGUUUUCAAAGUUAGAUUGAAUUUUGUCACCAGCAUAGAGUAUAUAGUGAACCUUAACAUCGUUAUACUUAGCCAACACAAAGUCAAAAUAGUGACGUAUUUCCAGCUUUAAAAACGCGCAUCUCUCUCUCUCCUCCCUCUGUUUUUGUUUACGCUUGUGUCACUAUGUGGUAUUACACGUGAGUUGUCCUCACGCUGAAAACGUGACUUGUUGCAUAUGUGAUGCAAGAAGAAAACAAAAACAUAUCAAUAUGUUUAUAUAUAUAAUAUCAAAGAAAGUAAAAAUAUAACACUUUUACUAAGGAAAAUGGAGAAAAUAGUAAUGCACAGUGACUUGGACAAGUAACUUUAAUCUGAUUACUGGGUUGGAAAUAGUAACACAUUAGAUUACACUUUCCUGAAAAAGUGGUUAGUCCUGUGUUGUAGAGGGCAUGCUGCCUUUUUUAUAACAACAUAUAUAUACAUUUGGUGUUACUAAGUACUCACCGAUAGUGAGUACAGUGCUGAAUUUCAUUAACAGUCAGUCACUAUUAGCCGGUUCUUGUGUUUUCUGGCAUUUUUUGACUGGCAUUGUAACCAAAAGGUUGAGCUUUUUUGUAGUAGUAGUCUAGUAAUGCUUAAUUUCUCAUUUGGUACCCUGCUCUCAUUUUCAAACCAUUGUCAUUCAUUUUGUAAGAUACACAAAUUUGCCCAUGUGUGAACACAUCAUAUAUACAAAUAUCUAAGCUGUGGCUUUUGUAUUUUUUGAGCUAUAGGGCUUUUGAACAGAUUACCAUCGCUCGUAAAUAUUCAUCGUAUAGCUUCAGUAUUUAUAUUGUAUGAAUCUGUGCAAUCAUGUCAACAUGUUAAUGACGAUAUGUCAAAAUACUUAGAUUGCAGUGCACACUAUUAAUAUAGGUUAAAAAUGAAUGAUAUUUAAUCGUGACUAAUUGCAUUUUUUAGUAUGGAAGUCAAAGGGUUAAUAGUGCACACAGGGUAGAAUAAUCUCACCCCCCCAUUUUAAAGAUAAUUUUUACACUUCUUACACACAAACACACACACACACACACAAAUAUAUAUAUAUACACACACACACACAUAUAUAUAUACAUAUACAUACACACAUACACAUAUAUAUAUAUAAAGAUUUGUAAAGAUACGCAUAAAGAUAUGUGGUAGUCGGACAACCGGCAUUAUGCCGUGAUGCUGGUCAAAAGCCUCUAAAGCUUUUGUCCCUUUGUGUUGGUUUCCAUGGUUACCUUGUUAAAGACUCAACUGACAGUCAGCUGUCUUUUGUGUUUAUCUCUGGCCUCUCUGGCGUCCACUUACUCUUUGAUUUCUUUUUGCUGGAGCUUUGAAAACCUCCUUUGCAUUGACAGCGCAAUGUCACGUGACUGUGCAGCAGUCACAUGAUUCAGAUACGUGUUUUUCUGUAUCCCAGAUGGAUGUGUCACCAGCUGGAGGUAGCCCAGAGAUGUCUGGUCGACGUCAGCACUCUGGUACGGUGAAGAUGAGGAGGUGGGGAGGUUUGAGGCAACAGUGGAAACUUCUAGGCUUGUUUGAGAUUGAUCAACAGCAUGAAUUCUACAGCCUGACCUGUAUGAUGAAGGAGGGGUUGGCUGCCGCCAUCCAAAGCACCACUUACAACGCACCUACAAGUGAACUGUCAGAUGAUGAUUUCAAAUUAGAGAUCACACAGAUCCAUAAGGAUUUUACAAUGGAGACAUUUGCAGGCCCAGUGUUUGCCAGCUUGCGCAUUUUUUUAGGAAUGACUGAACAGGAGUAUCAGCAGUCACUCUGCUCUGAAAACUGUUACCUCCAAUUUAUCAGCAACUCAAAGAGCAAGGCCGACUUCUUCCUCACAAAUGAUAAACGCUUCUUUUUGAAGACUCAGAACAAAAGGGAAAUCAAAUUUCUCUUGGCCAACCUGAAGAUCUACAUGGAGCAUCUGAGGAAAUACCCACAUUCAUUGCUGGUCAAGUUCUUAGGUGUUCACAGGAUCCAAAUCCCGCGCAGACAGAAGAAGUACUUCAUAGUUAUGCAAAGUGUGUUUUAUCCAGAUGAUCGAAUCAGUGCCAGGUAUGACAUAAAAGGCUGUGAGGUGAGUCGCUGGACAGAGCCCACACCAGAAGGAAGUCAGAUCAUUGUGGUUCUCAAAGACCUAAACUUUGAAGGCCAGUUCAUCACUCUAGACCAGCAGUGUCCCUGGCUCCUACGGCAGGUGGAGAUUGACACACACUUCCUCCAAAGGCUCAGUGUGUUGGACUACAGUCUCCUAAUUGCCCAUCAGCCCUUACACGACGAUGAACGCCACCAGAGUCUCUCUUUUGCUUCACUCAUCAUGAGAACCAAAAAAUCUGUGAAUCCAGCUUGUAGCCCAACACACGCAAGUGUAGUUGUGGUUCCUGGAGCAAUCCUGGAAGAUGACUCCAUCUCGCCAGACAGUGUCUUAAAUCUAUCAUACAUGCAAGAUACAUCAAGCAGCGGCUAUCUUCAAACAUGUAACAAGAGCACAGCUGAGCUACCAGACUUCAAGGCCCAAAACCGACGUUUGCUGCCCAAUUUAAAGAAUCCUUUGCAUGUCAUUGAUGGCCCUGAUCAGCGCUACUUCAUUGGCAUAAUUGACAUUUUCACAGUUUACAGUUUUAAGAAAAGGCUGGAGCAUUUGUGGAAAAGGCUUAGACAUCCCGGCCGAUCCUUCUCUACCGUCAGUCCACAGACUUACUGCCAAAGGCUAUGUCAGUGGGUACAUGACCACACCAAGUAGACCCUAAGUUAAAGAGACUCACUACUAACUCUCAUGACCCAAACACAUAAAGCAUGUUUAUCCUGAUCCUGUUAUUAAUCCUUCGCGGUUCUUCCACCUGCUCCCAUCAUGACUAGUAGUACUUCAGAAAUGCCUGUCUCAGAUUUAUAGUCUGUCAAACAUGAGAAAUCAUUUACUGUAAGGGAAUUGUUGACUGAGCAAGAAAACCAUUAUUAUUCAAGAGUCAAGAUGAAUCAAGAAGAUUUAUAGAGAGUAUAUACUAUAUAUAGGUCAAUAAAGAGAAGAAAAUAACUUUAGAAGGAAGAAACAUCUAACAUCCAUUGUUCAUUUUUGCCUCCCACUUCGCUACUUUUCUGUCUCUCUAUUUAGUCAGGCGCAGGCAUAUGGUUCCCCCUAUUUGAGCAGGAAAAGUUUUUUUUUUCCUAGUAACAGAUGCAACUGAAACAUAAAUACAAAAAAUACAUUUGUGUCAGUGUAAAGAACUGUAUAUUGAAAACAAAUUAUAAAGCUAAAUGGCAAAUAAAAACAUAAAUAGGGUUGUGUAAGUCAGACCAUAAUCAAGUCAUUUUAUUUACUGGUAUGCUGAUGGCAAUCAGAUUUUGGGAUAGAUUUCCCAAAUUAAUAUUUUAGAAUAAAAUCUACAAUUCAGUAACACGUUCAAAAAGGGAAUGGACGUAAAUACAUUCUGAAGUGACUGAAUUUCCAGACUCCCCAAAUUAAAGAAUUUAAAAAAUAAAAGUAAGCUUAAUUACUUGUAAAGUAGUAAGUGUCAUGAUGUAAUGCGUAUGUAGUAUGAGAACCCGUCUCUUAACUUGAAUUUGAGACUAUCUUAGGUGAUGAGAUAGAUAACUGUUUGAAAUCUGUGUGAAACACAGAUCAGCAUCAUUGUACACUUGUCUAAUGGAGAGAUUAUUAAAGAACUAAGGGUCCAUGAGGUAGCUUGUAGUUUCAUUUUAUUAUUUUUUCAGGGUAGUUUUUUUGCCUUUGUGGUAACCAAUAGCUGCUGAUGCUAGCUUGGUCAUCAUUUCAAAUUACACAAAUGAAAAUACCUAAAUCAACACAGACUGACUUUUGUGAUGAAAUAUUAAUGACAGGAGUUCCAAGUGUGCAAUGCUAUGUAUUUGGAUUUUGUGCACAGUUUUGUUGUAUAAUGUUCUUUAGGUGACACUCGAAGAGAAGCAACAUACUUCUGUAGGACUCCUUUUUUUCUGGCUGAAGAUAAUUCCGAUUGUAGGUUUGUCCUAACACAACUUCAAAUAAAUGCUGACAGUAU